AUGCUGGAUAAAUACAUAAAUCUACUAUUGCCAUGCAGUCUGGGAUUGAUAUGGAUUUGGCUGACUGAUUCAACGGAUGCCUUAAUGAACUACACGGCAAAACCUCGCGUAGUCCUUCCACCUAAUUAUGUCAAGGAAAUGAGACCACCUUCCAAGAAAGGCUCUCCAGUGAUAGUAGACUUUAGCAUAUUUGUUGUAGAUAUUAACUCAAUCAAUGUAGAGGAUAUGGACUUUAGGGUAGAUAUGUUUAUACAUCAGCGUUGGAACGAAUCAAGACUCGAGGUCUCCGAUGACAUAUUCGAGGAGGGCGAUGAUUAUGUGACACUACUUCCAGAAUUCUUCGAUAAUCUCUGGCAACCGGAUCCAUAUUUUUUGAAUUCGAAAAUUGCCGAGAUAGCAACACUAACGCACAAAUUCACCUCAGUGACUUUAUACAAAAAUAAAACCGUACGUUAUGCGGCGCGAAUGCAUGCGAUCAUCGCCUGUCAAAUGGAAUUUCAACUCUAUCCGAUGGACAUACAGGUGUGCCCCAUAUAUAUAGAAAGCUUCUCAUCGAAUAAUCAAAAAGUGAAAUUACGUUGGUCCGACUCUGGCGUCACUUUGAAUCCCGAGCUCAAAUUGCUGCAAUACAACCUUGGCCAACCGCUCGAGCUGGAAGAGAGUGACGGCUAUAUGCCCGAGAAGGUUGGCAAUUUUUCACGUCUCACAGUGUAUUUCCGAUUUGAGCGGCAAAUCGGACAUCAUCUUAUACAGACGUUCGCGCCAUCAUCGCUCGUUGUAAUGUUGUCCUGGUUUAGUUUUUGGUUGGGACUCGAUGCCAUACCGGGUCGUGUGACGUUGUUGGUCACAUGCAUGUUAACUUUAGUCACCAUGUUCACUGGUCUUAGAGCGGAUAUACCACCAGUUGCCUAUGUGAAGGCUUUGGAUCUUUGGAUGGCCGGUUGUAUGGUGUCUGUAUUUGCAGCGUUAGCGGAAUUUGUUGUUGUGAAGGUCUURGAUGUACAAUAUCAGUAUCAAGUAAAUAAAAUACCGAAAGUUCUGCCGAUGCGCAUAAGCAACAUGGAGAAGGGUCAAUGUGCAACGGUGGCCAGCUGGGAAGGGGGCGCAGUGCGCUCACGCAAAUCCACACAAACACCAACAACRCCAGGACAGACUUCAUUGCAGGGCAAUGGCGGGCCACCGAAGCCGGCGCGUCGACAAAGUCUACUGUCGGUGGCCUGGACCGACACUGACACUGGUGUGGAGAAGAUAAUGUGGCGCGAAAUCGAUAAAGUAUCACGCGCCGUAUUUCCCAUAUUAUUUUUCGUCUUCGUACUACUCUAUUGGCCCAUAUUGCUUAUGAAGUCGUCCUAGGAUUUACGGAGUUCCAGAAUACCGAAUUCUGGGCUCCGCUGAAAUAAUUAUGCCCACAUACAUAUAUACACUUGUAUGUAUUGCGUCGGCGCACAUAAAUAAAGCAAAAUAUUUACUUACAUACAUACGUGCAAAGAUUUGUAUGUAUUUGUAUUUAGUACGAGAUUAUGAAACAACAAACACAUGCUCGCAAAUGCAAAAUUGUAGUUAGUGUAUAAUAUGCUACGAAGUAAGUAAUGAGUUUUUAGCUGAAUUAACAAAUAUAUUUUAAAUUAAAAAAAGAAUAUAUUUUUAUUGAAAACUCUUUUU